AUGUUUCAGUCCAUUCCUUUUCUAAUAUCAUUCACAAGAAUGAAUAUAUUCAAGAAACCAAUAACAGCAGUGACAAGUGGGUUAACGGCUAUUGCAUCCAAUGAAUCCCACAAAGAAAACUCAGACUCCUCGUCCAAGAAAAAGGUGCCUGCAGUUCUUAAAAUCACCUCGCACAAGCAAAGGGAGGAUUUCAAUGAAUUGAAUGAGAUUGAGUCGCAGCGUAUAGUGGAAGGGUUGAACAACGCAGCCAUCUCCAUCUGGUCAAUCAGUGCUGGGAUAUCUCGUGCAAACCGCAAGAGAAAUAGAUAUGCUAACGUUACACCAUGGGAUAGCACAAGGGUGAAACUACCCGUUGUGGAUGGAUCGUUUUCUGAUUAUAUUAACGCAUCACACAUUCACUUGAAAACCACGGCAAACAAAAUCUCCAACAGAUACAUUGCAUGCCAAGGCCCCUUGGAACAUACAAUUCAUCACUUUUGGGCAAUGUGUUUUAAUGAACUGGAAAAGCAAAAAAACGACGUGGUUGUUGUUGUGAUGGUGACUCCUUUGGUGGAAAACGGAAUGGUAAAGUGCGAUAAGUAUUGGCCAGAAUUGCAGGAAACCUGGGAUUUCACCUCCAGAAAUGAAGAGGAUGGUAUCAAGUACGAGAAACUAUCCCUCACAAACAUCAGCGAGAAUCACAAGGAACUGGAAGACUACUUGGUCACCGAAUUGGAAUUGAAAUCGCCCACCAAGAGCAAAAAGGUUUAUCACUACUACUACUAUAAAUGGGCAGAUGCCAAAGUCCCGCCAUCUAUCAAACCGUUAAUUGACUUGUCCCACAGUGUUUAUGAAAUCAAUCAACCGUUGAUCGAAUCCGGGAAGCCACUUGUGCCAAUAGUGCAUUGCUCUGCCGGGGUUGGCAGAUCUGGAACAUUUAUGGCAUUUGAUCAUUUGUUUAGAGAUGGUGACAAGUUUCGAAACCUAGUGCAUGAAGACAGAUUCGCAAGUAAGGAUUUGGUAUACCAAACUGUCUGUCAGCUACGUAACCAACGUAUGAUGUCGGUACAGACUGUGUACCAGUAUUGCUUUUUAUACGAGGCUGCUAGAACUAUAUAUAAAGGAUAG